AAGAUAGUAAUAUAUAUAUCCGUAGUGUGUCGCUGUGUGUGUUAUUAUGUGUUUACUCUGCUCGUCCUAACGCGAGUGAUUAUUUUUUUUUCGAUUUUUCCCCUAUUUAUGGCGGGUGUAUGUACGUGCAGGCAUAAUGGGUAGACACAGCAGCAGUGAAGAAGAAAACUCAAGCCCAGACAGACGAGAAAAGAGCAGUCACAAAUCUGACAAGAAGAGAAGAGGUUCACAUCAAGGACGAUACAGGAGCAGAUCACGCUCACACACAAGAAACCACCGGUCGAGGUCACAGGAUAAACACUCUAAGCCCAAAGCCUAUGCAAGGAAGAGCCGGUCCAGAUCACGUGAUCGAUGGCAGAGAUCAAGGUCAAGGUCACCCUCUAAGAAUGAAACAUCAAAAGCUUAUUACAAGAAUUUCAGGGCAGGGUCACGGGACAAGAAUCAGAGAUCAAGAUCAAGAGACAGGAAACAGAGAUCAAGGUCACGUGACAGGAGCCGAAGGUCUAGCUCAAGAGAUCGAGGAAGAAAAUCCAGGUCAAGAGAGAGGGAUAUAAGGUCAAGGGAGAUGGAUAGAAGUAAAAAAAUGGAACAAAGAUUAAGAAGGAUUGCUGAAAAAAGGGCCAAUUCUAGUUCUCGUUCUAGGUCAAGGUCUAGGUCAGGUUCAAUGUCUGAGACUAAACAGAGAAUUAGAGACAUUUAUAACAGAAAGGAAAGUUCCGCAGACAGAGAACUUCGGGACAGAGAAAGGGCAAGGACGCCAGAAAAACAUCAAUCAAAGUCUGGUCAAAACCACUCUGAUGAGAGACAGAGGUCAAGGUCACAUGAAAGGGAGAUACCUCGAAAAAACCAGCCAUCUCCACUUGAUUCACGGAGGAAUCGAGACAACUCCCCUCCUACACCUGAUGGAAGAUGGGGUCAUAAUAAAUUCUUUGAGCAACAGAGGGCUCUUGAUGCACCAUUCCAGAGGGAUAGAGAGAGGGGCGGAGGCAGUUCCAGAGAUAUGAGUGGCAUGAGAGAUAGUAGCAGAAAUGGUGGAUACAGGGACAGAGGUGGGGGAGGAUUUAGCCGUCAUAAUGGGUUAGGUGACCAGACUGAUGACUAUUUUGGACGACGUAGAGUAGAAAGAGAGCAGAUAUCAAUAGAAGGUAUUCCUGAAGUUUGGGCAGCAUCUCCAGUCAACCCUCCAGAUGAUUCAGACGAACUAAACACAGAUGAAGAAAAGAAGACAAAGGACAAGAACAGCAGUGACUCGGAAGAUGAAAGGAAGAGGAAGAAGAAGAAGAAGAAGGAAAAGAAGAAGAAGCGGAAGAAGGAGAAGAAGAAGAGGAAGAAAGAGAAGAAGAAGGCUGCCAAAAAGAAGGUCUCCUCCAGUUCCUCCUCCAGUUCUGACUCUGAAUCAGAUUCUGAGUUGACAUGGAUUGAGAAAAAGAAGGACAGCAAAGGGGAAAUGACAGAAGAAGUUGUUGUAGGUCCAGUGCCGAAGCCUCAAGUGACAUUGUCCAAGAAGGACUAUGGCAAGGCACUGUUACCAGGUGAAGGUGCAGCUAUGGCAGCAUAUGUAGCAGAAGGCAAACGUAUUCCCCGUCGUGGUGAAAUUGGAUUAACCUCAGAUGAGAUCAAGGAGUUUGAAGAGGUGGGCUAUGUUAUGAGUGGAAGCAGGCACCGUCGAAUGGAGGCUGUACGUCUGCGAAAGGAGAACCAGAUCUACUCAGCAGAUGAGAAGCGGGCCCUGGCUAUGUUCAGUAAGGAGGAGCGUCAGAAAAGGGAGAACAAGAUCCUGACGCAGUUCAGAGACAUAGUACACAACAGGCUCAAUAAGAAAUAAAAGCCUGUUUACUUGGGGGAUUAGUUUCAGCUUGUGUCGGCAAGGAGAGAGGAGGACUGCUGAGCUGCUCUCAGUUUUUCUGUACAAUUCUACUUGGGAUUUUUAUAGAGAAGAGAUGAAGAAUUAUUUUUUUGCAUAAAAACUUGAGAUUUAAGAUUUUGGCCUUUCGUAAUGCUUAGAAUUCUUAGAAAUGUAUAAUGGAGUAGAUUUAUUAUUUCAUAAAGGAUUACCAUUUUCAUUUUACUCUCUGAAAAUCUAGUUAUAAUCAGAAGUAAAGCAAGUUAAUGAGAAAGGUUCACUUCGAUGUGUAUAUAUUUAGGAUUCAUUUGUCUGUAGGAGUUGAUAUUGGCUUGCUGAUCAAAUUUUGUAUGAAAACCUGUAUACGUUCUCAUUUAACAAGUAUCAUUUUUAUUUAUUAGUUUCCAUAUUUAUAUUCUUAUAGAUGUCUUUUUCUUUUUUAAAUAUUCUUUUAUAAGAAAAUAAAGUAUGCUGAGACACCUAAUUUCAGCAAAAUGAAUCAUUGAUAUUCUGUUUUGAUCUUUUGACCCUUUAUUUUUAAAAGCAGAAGUUUAGUUUAUCUGAUAUUCUACUUGGACAAGGAAUUACAUUUCUUAAGAAA